GUUUGCAACAUGUUGUAUGGCGAAAAACAUGUGCAACCAUGUCUUGUAAACUGAUUAUCGUAUUUGGAUUGGUAAUACUACUCGUUGUAGCUUAGAAAAUAUGUUUUGAAAAAUACAUAACACUAUUUAAAUCAAGCUUUACUUACGUACUCACAAUCUCUCGCGUGGGUUCAAUCGUUUAAACCCACCGACAGCUGUAACUUGUGUUUAUUAUAUCUGAGAGAUGUACGAAGUGUAUUACGUAGAGAAUUACAUGUGAUAUUACAUUCGCCCUUGCUUUUGUAUGAACAAGACUCUAUAUAAUGCCCACCGUUUGCGAUGGUGAAUAAUUUCUCUCCUUGUGACUUUGUAUAGGAUCAUCGAACAUAGAAAAUCAUGGCCCAGCUAGUUGUUCUAGUUGUGAUCAUCGCUUUCAUGAAUUAUAUCGAAGGAACAACCUACGUUAAUCCAAGAGAACCGAGAACUGAGAUAAUCUGCGAAAACAACAGAGCAACAGUGAGUUGUGGGUAUGGUUUGAAUCUCAACAUUCUGUCGGCAAAUUACGGCCGGACAGCCCUCGGAAAAGAAGCUUGCGACCACCCUAGCAUACGCACCUGUAAUUGUCGGGAACCCAAAAGCCUUGCAAUUGUUAGGAAAAUGUGUCAGGAUAAGCAGUCAUGCACUCUGGAAGCCACCAACGGUGUAUUUGGAGACCCCUGCGUUUAUACUUAUAAGUACCUGGAGGUCCGCUACAAAUGUGAUGGCUACUAAGGGAAGACUGACACUUCUCGGACUGGCUUUCAACUUUCGCAUUGAAUGAUAUCUUCACAAUAACGGACGAUUGUAUUAUUCCCUUAUUAUUAAGAUCCUUCAUUUUCGUGCUAAUUAGUUCAUCAAAGAGAGCGAAUGUAAAGUUAAACAGUCAGUUUUCUUGUUCUUGUCAUAAGAUGAAAAAUGUAUAACAGUUUCAGUUUAUUAGCAAUCGGCAAAAUAUUUGCCUUUGUCCAUUAACAAUUACAAAAAAAACUUGUUAAAGAAAAUCAUAAACAUAUAUACAAAUACAAUUACUAUUGAACUAAUUUCAUAGAUAUAGAACACAGAACACAACACAAUAUUACAUUACAAUCAGAGAACAUUUUCAAGAGCAUUUUGUCUUAUACAGAGAGAUUCUUCAAUAUAUUUGGUAAGAUUAUACAUGCAUUAUAUAUUUUUGUUGACAUUGAUAAAAUGAAUUUUUGAUCAGUAGGCCAUGAACAAUUUCCAAUAUCUUUUGAUCCUAUACAUCUUAACUUUGAGCAACAUAAAAUGAAAUGAUAUUUUAAUUCUGUAGCAUUUUGAUAACAUCAUUUGCACAAUCUAUUAUCUCUUUCUAUGUUAUAAUAUCUUCCUAAUUCUAGCUCUAAACUAUGGGAACAUAAUCGUAUACUUUUCAAUAAUUUUCGUAACUUGUCAUUAGUUAUAACAUCUAAAUAGUUUUCAAAACAGAAUUCGGUUUUAUAUUUGCAAUAACUAUCAAGUUUUGGCAUUGCAUAAAUACUAUUAUGCAAUUCUUGUACAAAUUGAUCUCUAAUUCUUGAUAUCAAACUAUAAUAGUAAACGUUAUGAUAAAAAAACAAUAUGAUAUUUGCAUAGCCUAGAUGAUCAACAAUGGAAUUUAUUUUACUUGCCCAACGAGGCAUAUUGACAUUAUUGCAUAGAUCAUUAUACAUGUGAUAUAUAGGUAAUUCAUUAUUAUUAUAUCAUGUACAUCAACAA